AUAGUUGAAAUGUGGAAACUGGGUCCUGGGCUGUGGAUAGCACCCAGGCAGAGGCUGCAGCUAGAGAGGGUUGAUUGAAUGCAUUUGGCUGAGGACAACAACUAAUGCGUUUUUUUUCCUCUGGUCCUAAGUGAGGUCUUUUGGUACUGAAGACCGUCCCACAGAUAGGCCUGCCCCUCCGAGAGAGGAAAUUUACGAGUACAUCAUCUUCCGGGGAAGCGAUAUCAAAGACAUCACGGUGUGUGAACCUCCAAAAGCUCAGCAUGCGCUCCCUCAGGACCCUGCCAUCGUCCAAUCUUCCCUGGGCUCGGGCUCCUCCUUCCAGCCGCACGUGCCUUACAGCCCCUUCAGAGGGAUGCCGCCCUACAGCCAGCUGGCGGCCAGCUCCCUGCUCAGUCAGCAGUAUGCAGCUUCCUUGGGUCUAGGAGCUGGUUUUCCAUCCGUCCCAGUUGGCAAGAGCCCCAUGGUGGAGCAGGCUGUCCAGACUGGCUCUCUUGAUAACCUGAAUGCCAAAAAGCUGUUACCCGGUGGCAAGGGCACUGUGGGGGUGCAGCUCAAUGGGCGCCCGGCCCCGCCCAGCGGCAAGAGCGCCAGCGAUGUAGUUCAGCCAGCCGCUGUGCAAACGCCAGGGCAGGUGAACGACGAGAACAGGAGGCCCCAGAGGAGGAGAUCAGGGAACAGACGAACAAGGAAUCGCUCCCGAGGGCAGAGCCGUCCAACUAACAUCAAGGAGAACACGAUCAAAUUUGAGGGUGAUUUUGAUUUUGAGAGUGCAAAUGCCCAGUUCAACCGAGAGGAGUUGGACAAGGAAUUUAAGAAGAAGCUCAAUUUCAAAGAUGACAAAGCUGAGAAAGGGGAGGAAAAGGAUCCAGCAGUGGUGACCCAGAGUGACGAGGCCCUUGCUGAGGAGGACCACCUGGGGCCCAAUUGCUACUACGACAAGUCCAAGUCCUUCUUUGACAACAUCUCCUCUGAACUCAAGACCAGUUCCAGGCGGACCACAUGGGCUGAGGAGAGGAAGCUCAACACGGAGACCUUUGGGGUGUCGGGAAGGUUUCUUCGUGGCCGUGGAUUCCGGGGUGGAUUGCGAGGGGGCAGGGGCAGCGGCACCACCCGGCGCAACCCGACUUCCCACAGAGCCGGGACUGGCCGGGUGUGAAGCAGCAGCUGGAGGCUCUUGUGGAAGCAGCGGCAGAGGCGAAGCUGAGUGAGGACGCUGCACUUAACUGGGCAGACAGACAUUGUGUCAUUGUUUACUGCUUUUGUUUUGGAUGUCACGGAACUUGGAUAUACUUGGAUAUGGUCCAAGUUAGAACUGCUUAUGUUCGGGGAGCGUUUAGGGAGACCUCUCUGAGGUCUCUGGGUCUUUCCUCUUUAGUUAUGCACAGUCUAACCUAAGGUUUUGGUGUUUUGCAAAAUGGUUUCUAGAGCGAAAGCUUGAUCCUCACUUUGUAUAUUUUUGACAGCUUUGACUUUUAAAGUGGAACCAAAUCUCAUUUGGCCAUGUGGCAGCCAGGCACAGCUCUGUCACCCACUGGCACUGGUGCUGCUGGCCUGCACCCCCACUGCCACUGGUGGGGUCUAAGGAGCAAGGCAGGGCCAGCCCAGGGGGUGUGGGGUCGGUGUGCCCUGGGCAGGGAACAUGGGGGUGCCACAGAUCAUGUUUUGUGAGCAGACAGACCGCCUGAUGUCCAGGGUGGUGGUUUCAAGGUUGGGGUCUGACAGGGUGAGGAGGCACUCUUGGAGGCACAAGAAGGGGCCUUGGACACGAACUGGGAACUGUUUGUUGCUCAGAGCCUGGCUUCCAUAAGAAUUGGGGUUUGGGUGACAUCCCCACCCUUUCUGCCCUGCCAGCCCCUGCCUUGGCCAGUGUUGGACUCCAGCCACUGUUCGAGUCUCAUUCUCUUGGAAGUGAGCCAGUCUUUUUUGUAAGCUCGGCUGACCGAGCAUAUUCCUCGGAGUUGUACAUAGUUGUGUUUGUUUUGUAGAUGUGUGGAGGGAGGUGGGAUAUAAACUGUUGCAUGAGUAAGUGGGUCAGCUUAGUACAGCAUGCACCCCUGAUGACAGGGCAUCGUGGUGAACAUAAGCACCUUGGUAACUAAAUGCCUAAAUAGCUAUAAAGAUUUUGGUUCUGUAUUGAUUAAGUUAGUGUAAAAGCUUGGGUUUAUUUUUGUAGGAUUUAAUGGCUAAGAAUUAGAACGUAGCAGUGGGGCUACUCUGUCGGAGUAAUGUAAAUUGUAAUUAAAAUAAACACACAAACUUUAAAACCUUC